AUGGAGAACCUCACCAUUUCCGACCCUCCCCCUCCUCCCAUGCAACAACAGCAUGGCGGCCCCGGGGGGAUGCCACCCGCUCUAGGGCGCCCCCCGCCGCCGCCCCAGCAACUGCCUGCGCAGAUGUUUACGACUGCCGCCCAACUUCUAGACCUUACCGACAAAAAGCUGAUGUUGGCGCUGCGCGAUGGACGCAAACUUGUGGGAAUCCUGCGCAGCUGGGAUCAGUUUGCAAACUUGGUAUUGCAGUCAACCAAGGAGAGAAUAUUUGUCCCUCCCGGAACAGCACCUGACCAGGUACGGGGUCUAUACGCAGACGUCGACCGGGGCCUGUUUUUGGUGCGCGGAGAAAACGUGCUGCUGCUAGGCGAGAUCGACCUCGACAAGGAGGACGACGCGCCCCCGGGGUACGAUUUGGCCGACGUUGAGCUUGUCCAGAGCCUGGCCAAGCAGAGGAAGCAGCAGGACAAGAUUAAGGAGAAGACGAAGGUGAAGAUGCUCGCUAAGGAGGGGUUCGAAGGGGAAAACCUGGGCGAGGUCCUGCUUUAA